AUGGAUGAUCAACAACAACUGAGUCGUCAAAAACGUAUUCGUUCGAUUAUUAAUUUCAUUCAAGGAAUUGCAACAACUCUAUUUGUAAUUGCCGUUAUAAUAGUUAUUUAUUUAACAAUUAUUUAUCGAGCACGUGUAAUACCAUUUACUAAUUAUGCUAUUGUUUUUGAUGCAGGCAGUUCACAUACAGAAAUGUUUGUUUACCAUUGGCCAGCUGAUAAAUCAGAUGGUUUAGGUACAACAUCAUCAGUUAAUGAAUUUUUUACUUGUCCAGUAGCAGCAGUCUAUGCUGGAGAAUCAAAAAAGAAAGGUGAAGCAAUUAAACUUAAAGCGAUAUCAGAUUUUGAACAACAUCUUGAUCAAUUACAUGAUUAUUUUAAACCUUGUCUACAAAAAGCUAUGUCAAAAAUACCAUCAAAUCGUCAAAAAUUUGCACCAAUUUUUCUUGGUGCUACAGCUGGUAUGCGUUUAUCACGAUUACGUAAUGCAACACGAGCAAAUCAUGUAUUUGAAACGAUACGAGAUAUAUUUUCAAGAUAUCCAUUUCAAUUUGUUGCUGCACGACAAGUACGAAUUUUGACUGGAAUGGAAGAAGCUAUUGAUGGUUGGAUAACAACAAAUAUUCUCUUAGAAAAAUUUAAACAUCGUCAUGCAAAAAAGAAACAAAUGGAUAGUUCGGUUGGCCCAGAUGAACUUGACCCAGAUAUGGUUGGUGUACUUGAUUUAGGUGGUGCUUCAACACAAGUCACAUUUACUUAUAAAGCGACUGCUGAUGAUGAACCAAUUCCAGCAGAAUUUACAACAAAUAUUACAUUGUUUGAUUCAGUUUAUAGUCCAUAUGCUCAUAGUUAUUUAUGUUGGGGUAAAAAUGAAGCAUUAAGACGAUAUCGAGCUCGUCUUAUUAAUGCCGCAGUAAAUAAUAAUCGAACAUUUGCACCAGCAACAACACGAAUCUUUAUACGUGAUCCAUGUUUAGCAAGUGGUGCUAAUGAUUCAUUAACAGCAGCGAAUAUAUUUCGUUCACCAUGUACAAUGAAUGAACAUCAACAAUUUAAUAAUAAUGCCAAUGUUACAUUAUUUACAUUUGUUGGUGUAGGAAAUGCUGCUCAAUGUCGUCAACGUCUUACUAGUUUAUUUGAUGCUAAACGUAAUGAUAAAACAGUUAAUUGUACAUUUAAACAAGAAUAUUGUACAUUUGAUCAUACAUUUCAACCGAAUUUACCAUCAAAAAUUAAUUUUAUUGGUCUUUCGGGCUAUUAUUAUGUAUUUGAUAAUUUAGCACAUGGUAUGACAAAACCAUCGGAGGCAACAAAAGAACGAUAUAAAUUGAAAGAUUUUUCAUUAGAAGAAAUAAAUCAACGACUUGUCAGUGUCUGUGAAACUAAUUAUCCGAGACUUUAUGAACAAGAAUCAAUGACGUCAAGUAAUGAAAUACAUAAACGAGCAUUAUGUUUUGAUGCUUGGUAUAUGUGGCUUUUAUUAACAUAUGCUAUUGGUUUUAAAGACAGUGAUUUGAAACGUUUAAGUUUUGCCAAUACAUUUCCAACAGGUAAAGUUGGUUGGACACUUGGCUAUAUGAUUAAUCAAACAAAUUACAUUCCGGCUGAAUUUCGUGAAAAACCAAUAGGAAAAAAUCAAUAUGUCAGCUGGGUAACAAUUUCCUUAAUUAUAGUUUUAGUUACACUUAUUUUUCUUAUACUUACAUGUCAUACAUAUAUCCGUCAUGCAUAUUAUAAACGAACUCGUCAAAGAACUACAGUAACUAGAGAUGGUUAUGCUCAACCUCAUGAACAGCCACUUGCAUAA